UUAGAACCCUCAAUAAUUUGUUGGCACUCGGCUUUUACGCACAGACGUGACUCUGCUGUCUUCUCAUUGAACAAUAGUAUUUUUACGCACAGAUAAUACUGUGAACUCGCCCUCUCCUCGCUGCUUACUUUUUUUUUUUUUUUUUUAAAUAGCUGUCAAAUAGGGACAAAAAAGACAGGUCAUGUCCGUGAUGUGGAGGGGACUCACUGCACUGUCCUCAUGUUGGCUCCUGCUGAUGCUGAUUCACCCUUCGCCUCAAGCAGAUGCAGCAUACACAUGCAGUCCCCUUCAGUUUGAGUGUGGAAACAAGAGGUGCAUCACUCGCAGGUGGAUCUGUGAUGGAGCCGAUGACUGCGGUGAUGGAACUGAUGAACUGAAUACAACCUGUGCUGCUAAAACAUGUAGGCAGUCAGACUUCAACUGUGGCCUUCCCAUGAACCAGUGUAUACCAGGUGGCUGGCACUGUGAUGGCAAAGCUGACUGUAACAAUGGAGCUGAUGAGAAAAACUGCACUGCCAAAACAUGCAAGGAUGGCGAGUUUCGUUGUGCGAAUGGCCAGUGUAUAUCCGCCGUCUUUGUUUGUGACGGCGAUGAUGACUGUUCAGAUGGUUCUGAUGAGCGCACCUGCCCCAAACCCACCUGCGGCUCUAAUUCCUUCCAGUGUAAAAACUUAGUGUGUGUGCCAGCGCUUUGGCGAUGUGAUGGAGAUGCAGAUUGUGCAGAUGGUUCUGAUGAGUCACCUGAGACCUGUGGAGAACAGACGUCGAACAAGAAACAGACACACUGCAGCGCCCAUGAGUUCCAGUGUGCAAAUGGAGAAUGCAUCCAUGGCAGCUGGAGGUGUGAUGGAGGCAUAGACUGUCCAGACCGAUCAGAUGAAGUCAACUGCAGUCGUCCUACUUGCCGUCCAGAUGAGUUCCAGUGUAAUGACGGUGUCUGUAUCCAUGGCAGCCGCCAGUGUGACAGAGAGUACGACUGCAGGGACUUCAGUGAUGAGGUUGGCUGCCACAAAGAAAAUGUUUGUGAGGGCCCCACCAUGUUCAAGUGCCGUAGUGGGGAGUGUAUCAGCAUGGAGAAGGUGUGUGACCAACAAAAAGACUGCAGGGACUGGUCAGAUGAGCCCAUCAAGGAGUGUGGCAACAAUGAAUGUUUGACUGGAAAUGGCGGCUGCUCUCACAUUUGCAAUGAUCUAAAUUUUGGCUACAACUGCUCCUGUCCAGCUGGAUACAGCCUGAAGAUGGAUAAAAAGACCUGUGAAGACAUUAAUGAAUGCGCUGAUCCAGACAUUUGCAGCCAGAUAUGCAUCAACCUGCCAGGCAGCUACAAGUGUGACUGUGAGAAAGGCUAUGAAAUUGACCCUGUGACCAAGACGUGCAAGGCUGAAUCAGGUUCUGUGCCCACCCUGUACUUCACCAACAGGCAUGAGGUGAGGAAGAUGACGGUGGACCGCAGCGAGUAUGUCCGUCUGAUCCCGCUGCUGAAAAAUGCAGUGGCUAUAGACAUGGACAUGCCCAAUAAGAUGAUCUUCUGGUCUGACCUCUUCCUGAAGAAAAUAUACAGCUCCAAGCUCAACGUCGCUGGUAACUCGUCUCACCACACAGUGGUCAUUGGCAGUGGGAUCGAGGCCCCGGAGGGCAUAGCAGUCGACUGGCUUCAUGGCAACAUUUACUGGACUGACAGUGUUAUGAAAACGAUCUCCGUUGCUACAACAGAUGGAGCCAAGAGGAAGACCCUGAUCACAGAAAACCUAGAGAAACCAAGAGCCAUCACAGUAGAUCCAGUAAAUAACUUCAUGUACUGGACAGACUGGGGUGAAGAGGCUAAGAUCGAGAAGAGUGGGCUGAAUGGAGCUGACCGCAUCGCCUUGGUGACAGAUAACAUCCUGUGGCCAAAUGGCAUCACUCUGGACAUGGUUAGCCAGCGGUUGUACUGGGUGGACUCUAAGAUGCACACUCUCUCCAGUGUUGAUGUCAAUGGAGGGACUCGACACACUCUCAUUAUGAAUGAAGAAAAGCUCGCACACCCUCUGUCUUUGACAGUCUUUGAGGAAAAAGUGUAUUGGACGGACAUGAGCAACAACGCUGUUUUUAGUGCAAACCGUCUGAUGGGAAAUGACAUCACAGAGUUGGCAGGGGACUUAAAUCAGCCAGAGGACAUUGUAUUGCACCACAAUCUUAAGCAACCCAACGGUACCAACUGGUGUGAACAGAGUGGUCAUGUAAAUGGAGGUUGUGAGUUUCUGUGCCUCCCUGCCCCUGUGAUCAACGAACACUCACCUAAAUACACCUGUGUUUGUCCUGACAACACCACCAUGGGACAUGACAUGAGGACAUGUGUGACAGUUCCUGCUGAAAAUAAAACGGCUGCACCUGUCCCACCUAAAGUUCCCACCAAACCUCCAGCACCCCAACAGCCUGUAACUACCACAACCACUACUACAGUCAAAACCACCCCCAGAGCUACCAAAAAACCUGCAACUACAGCCUUUGUCCAACCCAGAAAGCCUGAAGACUUUUCUACCCAGAUUCUACAGCACCCUCAGGCCACUGCCCAAGGGAACACUGGUUUGGCAUCCAUGCCCAGAGACGACCAGCCCUCCCAUUCCAUCGCUCUCUACAUCAUUCUGCCCAUAAUGGUUAUGUCUCUGCUGGUCUUUGGGGCAGUGUUGCUAUGGAGACACUGGCGUCUGAAGAAUACCAACACAAUCCAUUUUGACAAUCCUGUGUACCAGAAAACCACCGAAGAUGAGGUACAUAUCUGCAGAAACAGCUCUGAGGGCUACAUUUAUCCUCAGAGACAAAUGCUGAGUAUGGAGGACAUGGACACUGCAUGACCUAAACAUGAAGAAGACACUAGAUCUAUUUGAAGCAAUUUUUUUCUGGUGUAAAGUUGAAGAAACAAAGCCAUUCUCUUUUACCGCUGCUGCUUGAAAACCUCCUCCCCUCCUCCAGUGACCUCAUUUUGUGGCUUAUGUUUCUGACCUCAGUACUGUGCCGUCCAAGUCCGAAAUAAGAAUAAGAAUAAGAAAAAAGAAAACCAAUCUUUGACAGCCUUGUUUAAAGUAGCAGAUCAGAACAGAUGAGCGGGAAGUCAUUAUAUAAUGAAGGACAGCUUCUGAAGACCAUGUUCCUCUAAAUCGUACAGCCUCGGCUCUUUUGAAGCAAUCUGAAAAUAUAGUAUCAACAUGAUGCACCUGCCUGCUUACUCUGCUACCAAGCAUGUUCUGACUUUGCCCUGGUAUGUAGAUUUCAUCACAUAGUCUAGUUUUUGUUCAGCAAGUUUAACUUGAAAAUCCUGACCUAUAGCCUAUCACUGAUGUGUGCCUUCCAUCCAUACGCUGAUGUUUGCUGACGUUUAUUUUCAGAACAUAAAUGCCUUAUUGACCCUGUUGCCUUCCAAACCAAUUUUCAUGGUAAUUAUCACCAUGAUUAUAAAUAUAAUGUGGCCUGCUUUUCUCUUAGAUACACAGCAUCACAUUCUGCUGGGACUGACAUCUGAGGAAUUUUUUAUUUACUAUGAUUCAUCAAAGUAAAUAAUGUUUAAAUCAGUACUUUAAUAUUUAUUCUUUUAUGACCAGUCUCCAAAUAAGACACCGGGAGUGAGAAAUGGUUUACAUUGUGAGUGUAAUGCUGCUGAAUUAUCCAAAAACAACCAAAAUGAAGAAAAUGUUUUUGAGAUGAAGAUAGUUGAGGUACUGAAGAUACUGUGGGUGUGUCAUUAUUAUAAUAUUGUACAUAGUUUGUAAAUACUUUGUAAACACUGGUUUGCAUUUGUUACCUUUUUACAUGUAAAUUUUAAUCAAGAAAUAUUGUAAAUAUAAGAGAUUUUUUUUAAAAUUUAUUUAUGAAGGUAUAUGUCAGGUUUUGGUUGUCAUCUGGCUGUAAACAUAACACAUACAUCACUUCCUAUUGAUGAGUUGUUUUGUUGCAGUCGAGCCAGUCUGACUUUUAGAUUGUGCAGCUGUUAUUUAACUUAAGUUCAAUCAAACCUUGAGUUUUAUGCGUUCGAGGUCCUGUAUUAGUCCAUGCUGCAGGGUUGUGCUUGAUAUUUGCAAGUGUUUCUAAAUAUUACAGAGAGAAACUUAAUACCUUUACACCAUGUUUCAUUUUUAGACAUAACUUGACACAUAAUUUAUUUAGUUUCUGCCUUUCUGUUAUUUUCACUGUCAGAUUAUUGUCAGAGGCACAUAGUGUACAAAGCACAAUGCUCUCCAUCACAUCAGAAUGUAUGAAUACCUGCUUGUUUGUGUUCGCUGUUGCUCUUCUUUAUUUUUUUUUUUAAAUAAAUACUUUAAUUGUU